UCCACACUCACAAACACACAGACGCAGAGGCAUGUUAUGGUCCGGGUACUCAGCUGUGUAGUCUCUUAGAGGGGUCGAGGAGCAACUGUCAAGACAUGGACUUUAGCCAAAACACGCAAUAAAAAACGGCUUGACUUCUUGGACGGAAGGCUCAACCUCUGGAGCUGACCUUGGAUAACUCAAAGGAGGGAAGUCAAAUUGCAUGACGCAACGGAACAUCCAUUUUCAUAAUGGCAAUCCCAAAUGACCUCUCUCUUUUCAACUCCACCUCUUCAACGUAUUCAACAACAAACACCUAUGGGAACACCUCUGUAGCUAAUUCUACUCCUCCCUGCAAAGACUGGCCCCAUGUGCCCAUGACCACAAUCAUUCCCAUCAUUUAUAGUGUUAUCUGCGUGCUGGGAACUAUAGCCAACGCCCUGGCAGUGUGUGUGCUGGGCCACGGCAGCGCUUCAAGAAGAACUGUAGCAAACACAUUCAUGUUGACUUGUGUGUCUGACCUGCUGUUCCUGCUGUCUCCCCUGUGGGCUGUCUCCUACUCCCAAGGCUAUAACUGGCCCUUUGGUUUGGUAGCCUGCAAAGUCUGCGGAUUCCUCCUCCAUUUCAAUCUGCAUGCAUCUAUCUUUUUUAUCACAAGUAUGAGCGUGGAUCGCUACCUGGCCAUUGUGCAUCCGCUCCGAUCGCAGAGUGCACGAGACCCCAAACGUGCCCGGCUAACAUGCAUACUUGUGUGGCUGCUGGCAUUUGCUUGCUCAGCCCCCUCCUUGUAUCUGAAGGAACUUUAUAAACUUAAGGAGACUGGAGCGCUUGCCUGUGUAACUAAUUAUCAUACUUAUGCCUUGCAUAUGACCAUGGUAUGUUUGAAGAUUGUCCUGGCCUUCCUACUGCCGCUGCUUGUCAUCUCUUGCUGCUACAGCGCCAUUGGUAGACAUUUGUUGGCUGAUACAGGGCUGGUAAGAAUGCGGAACCAGUCUCAUUCCCCCAAUAUGCCCUCUAUUAAAUCCCAGGAGAGCUACAGUAAGCCGAGACCUCCAACCCCCUGCAUGAGCCCCAGCUCCAGCGGAAGCAGACCUCUGGAGGGCAGGGGGCUAGAGCGUGUGUUAUGGACAGUAGCUGCUGUGGUCCUGGCCUUCUUCCUCAGCUGGUUCCCGUUUCACUGUGUGACCUUCUUGGAUGUACUGAAGAAUGAGGGCUGGUUGGAUAGCUGCUGGGUAGACUGGACAAUCCAAACCCUGACCCCUCUCACCCUUUCCUUGGGCUUCUCCAACUCGGCUAUCAACCCUGUACUGUACUGUUUUAUUGGAAACCACUUCCGGGGACGCCUGGGAGGGCUCUGCAAGGGCCUUUGUGCUUGUUUGAAGACCCGGGGAGGAUCAGAGCCAGAAGAGGGCUCCUUUAGCACCAGGCUGAGCUCUUUCUCUCGAAAACUCAGUGAUCUGAAAGAUCUGGCCAUUGUGGAGCCCUCUGGUCCUGCUUAGUAAGGCUAAAAGGGGAGAUUUUCCCUUUUCAUUCUCUGGCUUCACACCCUAAGAAGUGAUGCCAACAUCAAGUGACUGCUGAACUCCAAUUAGUUUGGACGUGUGAGACAGAACUGUUACUAUAAAUGACACUGUCAAAUGUCUAUGGAGCUCAAUGCUGUGUUAUGUAACCAAAGACAAGGAUCUGUGAAAACGCUCAGUCUUAAGGCUGGUUAGCCAAAAUGUGUAACAAACAAGUAAAUAAUGAAUUUAAUACCUUUACUCUUGCAUAAAGCAGCUGUUGUCUUAACAAAGAAAGCUCCAAAAUCCCCCUUCAUUACCCACUUCGCUCCAAACAACAGACAGUUAGCAACUAGCUUAUGAAGGUGGUAUAGCAUUUUAGAAACCACUGAGCUACAUAUCUCCUUCAGGGUUUGCUCAUUUGUUUUGUCCGUAAUCUGUUUCAACGUAAUACAAAUCACUCAAAGUAAGUUUCAGAAAAGAAAAGCCUUUAAAGUCUCAGGGACUCCAGGGCCGAGAUCUCAGCUACUCUGUAAAGCUAGUUUGGUAAGACCUUAGCAGGGCUAGCUUAGCACCUCUGUUUUUUCUGCAUCUUCAUCACUGCUGUUGGAUUUAGCUACAGUCCCAUUCCCUGGGGACGAUAAUCAUGAUUGCAAGGAUUUUGAAUGAUCCAUGCAGAUUUUUCAAAAACAGGGCACAGGUAGGAAAAUGAAAAUAAAUUGAGCUUCAACUUUCUUUAGAUGUGGCUAACUUACCAGUCAGCUUUUACUGAAUGUUUAGCUUUCAAGCUCUGCAACAAUGGUUUCAUAAUUUAUACUGUAAAUAAAAGGCCAGUCAUAUUCUGCUUGUGCUUUGAUCUGACCUGCAUUUUGGCAGGCCAAAAGAUGAUUGAGAUACAUAUGUAUAAUAUUAACCAGUUUAAACAACAUUUACUCUUCAUUCUGGGACCAAAACAUAAUGUGUGCAAUCAUUUAUCUUGUAACAUCUGUAUGGUAUCACAAGACAGUUAAGCAAAACAAAUAUUACUGUGUUUCUUGUAAUACAUAAUAAAGUUGCUUGUCUUAUAA